ACUCCCUCCGACCCCCAGGAAAUAUCUGCCGCAGAGAGGCCUUUUCGCUUUUGAAUUCCGCAGGCACCGACCACCCCCGGCGGAUGGCCACCGGCUGCGGGGAGAAGCGGGCGGCGCUGCUGCGGCGGAUCACGGAGGAGGGCGGCUUCGCGUUCGUGGCGUCCGCGGAGAAGGCGGCCGCGGGGGACGUCCGCGCGGCCGAGGCGGCGCGGGAGAUGGCGUGGGAGCAGCUGCACUCGGCGCCCCGGGACGAGGUGGGCGCCGCGUGGCGGGACGCCUACGCGCUCGCCUGCCUCCACGUGGCCGCCCUCCGCGGCGGCGCCGGCGACGACGACCGGCGCGCCGCGCUCCGGGCGCUCGACAUGGGCCUCAUCAUGGGCGGGGGGCUCCUCCGCGCGGAGCUCGAGGACGCCAUCGCCAGGGUCGUCGCCGACCGCCGCGGCGGUCGCGACGGGGACUCUGAGGCGGCGGCCGCGGCGGGGGACGUGGAGAGGUGGAAGGAAGGGAUCGCGGGGGACGGAGACCUUGCCGAUGUACUCAAACUUCUACCUGUGAAGUCCCUAUCACGUAAGAAAAUUGAGAGGCGAUCAUGCAUUCCUUUGGAGGCAUUUAUACGUGAUUACUUUAUAUGUGAGUCCCCUGUUAUACUCAGUGGCUGCAUUGAUCAUUGGCCUGCAAGGACAAAAUGGAAGGACAUAAAAUACCUAGAGAGGAUAGCUGGAGAUCGUACUAUUCCUGUUGAGGUCGGGAAAAAGUAUGCUUGUACUGAGUGGAAACAGGAGCUUAUCACAUUUUCUCAAUUUCUCGAGAGGAUGUGGUCGAGUGAUUCAGCAAACCUGACAUAUCUAGCACAGCAUCCAUUGUUUGACCAGAUAAAGGAGCUCCGUGAGGACAUUACAGUUCCUGAGUACUGUUCUGCUGGAGGUGGUGAACUCCAGUCAAUUAACGCUUGGUUAGGCCCUCAUGGGACCCUGACCCCACUGCAUCAUGACCUACAUCACAACCUUUUUGCUCAGGUUUUGGGAAGGAAAUAUUUUAGACUUUAUCCUGCUUCUGUAUCUGUGGAACUGUACCCUCAGACAGAGACAAUACUGAGCAAUACUAGUCAGGUAGAUCUUGACAAGUUUGACGAGAAGGAAUUCUCGAAGGCAGCAGAUCUUGAAUUCAUAGAUGGCAUAUUAGAGGAAGGUGACCUGCUUUACAUUCCACCAAAAUGGUGGCAUUACAUGAGCUAUGGAGCAGAUCAUUUGUUUUACUUGGCUGUGGAUUUAACUUUUGUAAUUAUUUAUGACAGAGCACUAACGCUAACUGUACUGUCCAUAAUAAGUAGUAGAAACAUUUUUUUAGAGUGAAUCUGUGACAGUGAUAUGGAUUUGGAUGACAUGUAUGGUUAAGGGACUUUCCGAAACAGGUAAAAGGUUAAGGGAAUGCUUCACAUACAAAUGUACAGCCCAAUUGUAUAAUUUUGUCGCACCAAUUGUUUUGAUC